UCUUGAGGUUAGGUCUACUAAUUAGGUUUUAAUACUAACGAGUAGUGAAUAAUACUAAUUAAGUUGGACGAAAUGGCUAUGAUUCGAAUCUGGUCUUCUUUAUCCUCCGGGCCACCGAAUCGGGGAAGAAUUAGGGCAAAUAAUGGCGAGAGGCGGCGGUAAGGCUCGCUUUGUGACUCGUCGUCUUCCUUCCAUCCCAUCCAUCGCAUCUAUCACAUUGGAAUGAUUGUCGCGCCUGCAUCGCUCCCCUUGCCACUAGUCGUAGCCAGAGUUGAUAGCUCACAUCUUCUGCGUCAUUGCCGCUCUCUCUCGUAAGGGGAUGAACUCAUUCGUUUUUGAUCACCCCAUCUCGAACCCUCCGGAUGGGUCCUUCGACCAGACUCUGAUGAUCGGGUCUCCUCUGCCCAUGAUCCCAUCCCUUGCGUGUAACGGUUCUUCGAGGGUCCCCUUGUACCUGAAAUAGCCUAAUAGGAGCUGAAAUGGAUCCAGCACGACGUCACACAAGCUCCUAACAAAUGCCGAUCUGGGUUUCCCUUAUUCUGGACGGAGCCAAGCUUCCCUUUGUUCAUCCUGGAAGUUAUUGAGCGAUAUCGUCGAAUCCAGAACCAACUAACUACAGAAUAGAAAGACAGAAAAAAACAAUAGCUCCAAUUGGGAAUGGACGGCCUGGGUGGACGCAGAACGAAAGGGAAAAAAAAGGACUACUGCAGCCAUGACAGGGGGACCCAUCUUUCCGAUCAAAUAGUCUCUCCCAGCUGGAUGGAGCCCGCCAGUCUGUCAUUUGUGGCAUCUUGAAUCCCGAUCGAACUGCUGGCACGGACGGGAUCGUCUUCGCUCUCAACGUUUCUUUCUUUUCUUUCGAGAAUUUUUUUUCUUCUAUUAUCAUUAUUGGACCUUUUACUUUUUCGUUUUUAUUUUCUCCCUCUGUCGUUCCAUCCCCUUUUCGGCUACGAAGGGUCUAUCCAACUAGCCUUCCUUGCCGCCAUCUCCCUGUUGGAGAAUUUUUAUCCUCUCUUGGCCCUUGGUGGCCGAUGAAUCCUAGCAUGGUGGCAUAGCACUACUUAGAUCUAACUCUAUCUCUUGAAUUAUCGAGAACGAGGUCCGCUCUUCAUUCGGCGAUGCAUCUGCUCUGCAUUCUUUCGGUUUGUCACGCCCGGGAUGGAUGCACCCAGUUAUCUAGUAGCGUGACAGGUCGAGAAUCGAUGUCUUUCUUCUUAAACUCGACAGUUCCUUUGCUUCCCCUACUCUGUUCUUCUUGAAGUUUUCUUUUUCCAUCCAGUUCCCGCAGCGGCGACAUCCCUUUGAGUUCCUGUACAUACAUGAGACAUUGCAUUCGUUUCUUCUCUUUGGUUUGCUUGUCUCGUCUGCUGCUUACUUCUUAGCUUGCCUACAUUGCCCUCUUGCCUGACUUACUUGAUGACAUCUGUUGACCUCAAAAAUAACCCUAUCGUGUCGCAAAAAGUAUAAAGGGAUUACGGUCCUCCUUUCGCCUCCCUCGCUUGCCCUUUCUUUCUCCCCCUUAUACAUACCGCACGCCUUCGACGCUCUCCUCUCUCUCACCGCUGUCGAUGCGGACCUCUCGUAUCUACCACGGGUCUGUUUGAAAUCCGACCGGUCCAGCUCAGCCCACUUAUGCAGCAUCGGAACGAGUUGCAUGAGAACCUAGUCGCCCCCAGUCCAAUCGUUCCCACCUGUCGACCGAGCUCGCAGCUGUCCAGGCGAGGACACCGCAGCAUGUCCGCCCUCACGACCGGAGACCCCCAGCGCCCCGAAACGCCCGCGAGCCAAGCCAGAAGUGAAACCGUCCCCGAGCUGGUACAACUGUUCCAGGCACAGAAUGCCUCUCCCAGCGGCAGUGCCCAAGGCUCGGGGGCCCGCGAUUUCCUGAAGGCGGGCCACCGGCGCUUACGGCAGCUUGCUCAGCGCCAGAAAAAGCCAGUAGACCCCAAGGUCAAAGCCGAGGAGGCGUCUCGUCAAUUGAUGGCGCUGCAGCAAGCGGGGUUUCUGCCGCCGCCUAAACCGAAAAGAUCCGAGGCGAAACAGAGUCUGGACUCGACUGUGUCGAGCUCGAAUUUGAGCUUCAUGUCGAGUUCACGACGGGAUGUGGAACGCAUUGGACAGCCGUGGCUGGAUGAUCCGUUGCAGAGAUUGGAUACACGCGAGACGAAGGAUAGUCGGAUGUCGUCGAUUGAUAUCAGAGAUCUGACGUCGCUGGUUGGGGCUUCGGUCUCGCUUUCUCAUUUCGAGGAUGGGAACCCUCCGCCUUAUCAGCCGCCUACUCAGCCGAGCAGUAUUGCAGGCGAUGACUAUGUUUGUGUUCCUAUACCGAGCAAUGCUGGUGCUUCCGGCUUGCAGAGCAAGGUACAGGAGACUGGUUUUCGAAAAGAUAGGACGGACGCUCCUCCCGAGACUCCGAACCCAGAGUUGGCUACUGGCUCCGGUUUGUCUGCAACUCUGGAUGACAGUCACCAGCCAAGCACUGAGAAAGCGCAUGAACCCAAGCCAGCCGAAUCCAAAGACGCUGGAAACAAGUCAGCGCGUAAUUCAACUUCGUCCAACACAUCGGCGUCUUCACAGACCCCUGCACACACGCUCAAACUUUUCCCUGACCCUAUGCCCCCGCGUGUUUCGAGCAAAGGAGCCUGGCGCAUCUCGAACAGUCGUCCACCAAACAGAGCUCUCCCAGUGACUCCUGAAAGUCGGGAAUUGCGGCCGGAUGACAAGGCCUCCGCGGGCAAAUCAUGCGGUGAUGCCCAGAAGCUGUCCAACAGCACCCCGAAAACCCAUGAAUCUGGUGAUGCUUCAAGUGGCUCAAGCCCCGAUUCAUUAGCACUACCUACCAAGCUUACCGGGCUUUCGGCAGCCAGUCCCAUCCAUGAAAAGUUUCCCCGUCCGCUCACGAAUCGUCGUCCCGCUUCCCUGCCACUGGGUGCCAUCAAUGCAUUCCCUCUCCCUGCGCCCACGCGACCGCUGCCUCUCCUGCCAGAGUCUCUUGCGGGUAUCAAUGCGGACCGAGAACGAAACACUGCUGCCGGGCAACGGACUCCCCAAUCUAAACCCAGUACCUCGGAUUCCCGGUCAUCCGGAGAAGUCUCUGGCGCCAGCUCCAAGGAGAGUGGCGCCCAGUCUGGAACGAGAGAGAACAAAGACGCGGCUGCCAUGAUGCAGAAUGGCACUUCCAAGACCUUUUCAAAACAGUCCGAGUCUAAGGAACUGGUUAGGACCGGGCCUAGUAGAGCGGAGAGGGUGCGGGCAUUGAAAAUGAAGGAUAUGUCUGCCAGCCGUCUUUACCUGAAGGGCGGAGACAAGACACCAAACGACGAUCAAUCGUCCAGGUCUUCUCGCCCAUCCACAGAAUCAUCACAAAAGACUGGUAGAGAAUCCAUCGAUUCUCGUCUGAGCGAAGCCAACUCUCAAUCGCCACCUCUUUCUCCUCUGCUCUCCCAAAUAUCCAAUUUCCCCAUCAGCAAUAACACCGCCGGUAAACGCGCCUGCAGCUCGCCUGUACUCUCGAAUGGAAGAGACGAGCGCUCAUCGCUGUCCGAGUCCAACCGCACCUCGCGCGUUUGUCGCAGCAGUAGCGCACAGAGCGCAGAUGUCAUCCAUGAGGACCUGCCCAUCGGGCAGAGACCGGCAGAUUGCGCCGAAAGCCCUCUUCCCUCCUCGGAGGACGAAUGCGUGAGCGGAAGCUCGCAUAAAGGCCACCAGAUGCGUCCCCUCUCUUCGAAUCGACAGAAGCCGGCACCUCUUUCUCUAGGCGAGCAUGCCAGCCACCGCGCACGACACUCCAAGAAGAAGCUGCUACACGAGUCCACCGGGCCCUCUACUCCUCGGAGCCGCAGGAUCCGCGGAGUUGAAAAGUCAUCGCCGCAGUCCCAGUACUCCCAGAGCACCUACUACUCUCAGGAAUCACGGAGCAGUCGGCAUCGCGCGUAUGCCAUGAACCUAGAAGGGCGCAUCGCGCACCUUGAGCGCCAGAACAAGAUCCUCCAAGCCGCGCUGCUGGCCGCUCUGGAUGUUGGAGUCAAAGAGAAUCUUGAGUCUCUGCUCGGCGGCUCGACCACCUCGCUGUCUGCAUCUGGCACCGGCCGAACUUACUCGUCCACGAACUCAUCCGGCUUGGAUGAGCCUCCCCGACGCAGCAAGACCAAAGAACAGUCUUGUUAUCGUCAGGAGAGCUGGAUCGCUAGCCCCGGAUCCAGUCGACGAGACAGCUACGGGUCAUCCGACGACAGUGCCAAUGUGCGCGAGUUGGAAGACAUGAUCGAGGACUUUGAUUUCGACUGGAUCUUGGAUAAAUCUAGUUCUGAGAGACAUCCGAUCAGCCGGAACUAGCCUUUUCUCUGUUUUAUGAAAUCUCUAUUCCAUUCCAUUCUUUUUUCUAUUUGCAAUCAUUCCCUGGGAGGCUUUCUCGCUGAAAAUAUACCGUCACUCUUUCUUCCGUUCUUUCCUUUGGUUCGUUUUGUUUUGUAUACUCUGUAUGUUUUCGUUGGGUAUUUGAUUUGGUCGUCAACAUCCAUCUCUCUUUUCAUGUUAAACUGUAAUCUCCUUGGGUUCUCGGUGACUGUAUGUACACCUUUAUGGGUCAUUCCUUCGUUGUCUGUUUUGGGGUUCGUUUGUCGUGCCGCGGCAUUUUGCUGUUUUGUUGAAGAUACCAUUGUUUGUGUGUUUUGUGGUUUGGUUUGCAUAGUAAAUAAAAUGCGAUUAUAAUCA